UGAUAUCCUUCCAUCCCCACCGGAAAAUCGAAUCAAACCACCCCCACCUCCGCACGCACGCACGCUCGCCGCCACUCCAAGUUUGCAACCCCCUCGAUCUCUCUCAGCAUCCCGAGCCCGCCCCAACCAAUGGCGUCCACCAACGGCUACGGCAGCGUCACCGGCGGCGGCCUCCCCACGCACACGGCCACCUCCAAGCCGCCCGUCGACGACCCGCGCCACCAGAAGCAGCGCCUGCGCCGGCGCCGCGGCUGCCUCUGCUGCGCGUGCCUGGCCGUCACCCUCGUCCUCAUCGCCGUCGUGCUCCUGAUCCUCUUCCUCACCGUGCUCCGCGUGCGGGACCCGACGACGCGGCUCGUCUCCACGCGCCUCAUCGGCGUGGCCCCGCGCCUCACCUUCCCGGCGCUCAGCAUCCAGCUCAACGUCACCCUCCUCAUCACGGUGUCCGUGCACAACCCCAACCCGGCCUCCUUCUCCUUCCCCACGGGCGGCCACACGGACCUCACCUACCGCGGCGCCCACGUCGGCGACGCCGAGAUCGACCCCGGCCGCGUCCCCAGUAAGGGGGACGCGGACGUGAAGCUGGCGCUGACGCUGCAGGCGGAGCGGUUCGCCGGGGACCUGGCGCAGCUGGUCGCGGACGUGGAGGCCGGGUCGCUGCCGCUGGAGGCCAGCACCAGGAUCCCCGGGCGGGUGGCGGUGUUCGGCGUGUUCAAGCGCCACGCCGUCGCCUACUCCGACUGCAGCUUCGUCUUCGGCGUCGCGGAGCUGGGCGUCCGCAGCCAGGAGUGCCGCGACCACACCAAGCUCUGAUCCUCCCCUUCGUUUCGUCCGUCCGUCCGCUCGACGAUAGUUGUCCGUCUCCGCCGCGGGCGUCGCCGGAGAUGGAGGCGAGGAGGAGACCUUUUUUGUGCCGUGUUCGUUUGAUACGCACGGCACGUGUGGGUGGGGCCGGCGACAUCGUUGUCAUCACGGAGAGAAGAGAAAAGGGUGAGGUGUUUCUGGAAUUUCCGAUGACGCUUCAUCAUCAUUUCAUCAGUAUAGUACUCCUACUGCUGUAGUUAGUCUCGGCCUUGGGUAGAAUUAAUUUGUCUUUUUAGCUGUUUCCAGUGCUGGGUUUGGUCUUGCGAUUUUGAUGGAAUUUUCUUGUACAGAGACAGACAGGGUGGAUUGAUUAGUAUACACGGAUAUGUCUUGCUCUUAUUGUUCAUCA